UCCAGCAUGGGGCAGGAAGUCAAGCCAAAGACUACACAUUCAAGCACAAAUAGACUCUUUAUGUAACGACAUCACAGCCCUACACCACACAUCACACAAUGCCCCCAGUUCCACCUUGCCCCGUGGUGGGAGCAAAGCAUACCAGGCAGCCACCAUGGAGCGGGGACCCACAGCCUGCCAGCACAGAUGACACACACCCAGCACCAGCCCCCAUAACUGCCACCUCUUGCACAAUGGAAGAUAACAUAGCGCUUGGAAAGAGAGGCUAUAUUGUGGGCGUCACUCUGGGGGAAGGCUCCUAUGGCAAAGUGAAAGCAGCCUACUCUGACAGGCUGGAAAGCAACGUGGCAAUAAAGAUUAUCGACAAGACGAAAACUCCUCAGGACUUCCUGGAAAAAUUUCUCCCAAGGGAAAUAGCUGCUUUGAAACAUAUGAACCACCCCUCAAUUGUCAAAACCUACGAGAUAUUUGAAACAUUCGCAGGCAAAGUGUACAUCAUAAUGGAGCUGGGGGAAAAGGGAGACCUUCUGGACUACCUCAAGAUUACUGGAGCAAUGAAAGAGAACGUCGCUCAGAGAAAGUUUCAGCAGUUGGCUUCUGCUAUCAAGUAUUGCCAUGACAUGGAUCUUGCUCACAGGGACCUGAAAUGUGAAAACAUCCUUCUCGAUAAAGACCUCAACAUCAAGCUGUCGGACUUUGGCUUUUCCAAACCCUUAACUCGGGAUGAAAACGGGAAAAUUAUUCUCAGUAAAACCUUCUGUGGGUCUACCAUAUAUGCAGCCCCCGAAGUGCUACAGGGCAUUCCUUGUAACCCCAAGAUUUGCGACAUAUGGAGCUUGGGGGUCAUCCUAUAUAUAAUGGUCUGUGCAUUAAUGCCAUUUGAUGAUUCUAACAUCAGAAAAAUGGUCUGGAUUCAGAAACAGCACAGGAUUCACUUUCCCAAGUCCAGACACCUGUCUCUAAAAUGCAAGGAUCUCAUUUACCGCAUGCUCCACCCAGAUGUGUCUCGGAGGUUGUGCAUAGAUGAAGUUUUAAGCCACCCAUGGUUGCAGGGUCUAGAACCCCAAAUCCCUUCCCAUCUGCAGGCUGCAGAAGUGGGCGAGUGUUCCCAGAAUCUGCACGAGGAAAAGCCUGAGCACAAAGAGCAAACAGGCACACCUUCCACAGAAGGCCACUCAGCAAAGGAUUCUUCUGCCACGGAGACAGUCCUGGGAAUUGUGAAUGCGGUCAGCAUUAAGCCCACUGAAGAGGCAGAUGAAGCGAAUACUUUGACAAAAGUCACAGAAAGAAGAGCUAUUGAAGAAUUUAACCAUUAA